CUGAGAAAAUGGCGGCCGGGACGGGGAAGCACAAGCUGUUAAACCUUGGUCCGACGGAGCCAUGGUCCAUCCGGGAGAAGCUGUGCCUCGCGUCUUCUGUCAUGCGCAGUGGCGACCAGAACUGGGUGUCUGUGAGUCGCGCCAUAAAGCCUUUUGCCGAACCGGGUCGUCCCCCAGACUGGUUUUCUCAAAAGCAUUGCGCCUCACAGUAUUCUGAGCUUCUGGAGACCACAGAGACCCCAAAGCGAAAGCGAGGAGAAAGAGGGGAAGUUGUGGAAACAGUGGAGGAUGUCAUUGUAAGAAAGCUCACGGCUGAAAGAAUAGAGGAAUUGAAGAAGCUGAUCAAGGAUACUCAGGAGAAGUACAGGAAAUUGAAGAAGGAAGCGGAGCUGAUUCAAAGUGGGCACCUCGACGGCAAACUGGAGGAGAUCUGGAAUGACAUUUUGGUCAAGAAGAAACAAGAAGAGGAGGAGGCAGAGAUGAAGAGGAAGGCUACAGAUGCUGCAUAUCAAGCUCGACAGGCUGCUAAGAACAUUCCACGCAGAACCUCAAGCACCAUGGGCCGCACCUCAGUAGGAUCCUUAUCUCCUGGAGGAGAAUUUGGCCUUGGGGACUUGACACCAAAUAGCAUUGAGGAGGGAAAUGUAGGGGUAAGUGUGGGAUCUUUGCCGAGUACCCCAGUCUCCUCCUUCAUUGGGAUUCCUGAUACCCCUCCUCCUACUUCUGCCCCCCUGGAGUCCCCGUUGACCCCUGUGAUGGACGACUCACCACAGAAAAAGAUGGUGGGACAGAAAGCAACUCCACCCCCCUCCCCGUUGCUUUCGGAACUCUUGAAGAAAGGCAGCCUGUUGCCCACGAGUCCCCGGCUGGUCAGUGAAGGAGAAAUAGCAUUACCACCUGGUCAUAUUGCUGGUUCAGGUGUCCUUAUGGAUGUUGGGGUCUUACCAGGUCUUCAUGGAGGUGAGACGCAUCCUGUUCAAGGCACAGUCCCAGCAUCCCCAGCAGCAUCAGGUGCUCCCACCUUGUCCCGGCUUCUAGAAGCUGGUCCUACACACUUUGCCACACCUCUUGCUACCUUCUCUGCUGCUGCCGCCGCCACCAAUGAAUCUCCGUCUAAAUCUUUGUUGACCCCUAUUGAGUCUCAGGCCACCAUUGUUAUGAUGUCAGCACUGCCAAUGGCCACAGCAGUCCCAGUGUCCCAGCAAGAGGGCAGUGAUGCAGCUUCAGAUCCUCACACAGUCACUGUGUCCAUGGACACCACAGACAUCUCCAUGAUAAUUGACACCAUCAACAAGGAGUGCCUGGGAAGUGGUGAGGGAAGCAGCCAACCUAAGGAUGAGGUCUCAGAAGGGAAAGGAGACUUGGACCUAGCUGAGAAGAUGGACAUUGCGGUUUCUUAUACAGGGGAAGAGCUGGAUUUUGAAACCGUGGGUGACAUCAUUGCUAUCAUUGAAGACAAGGUGGAUGACCAUCCAGAGGUGUUGGAUGUAGCUGCGGUGGAGGCUGCUUUGUCCUUCUGCGAAGAGAAUGAUGAUCCCCAAGCUCUUGGGGGUCCAUGGGAACAGGCUGUUCAGGAGCAUACAGCAAAGCAGGAAACCCUUGGACAACCUCUCCUUCCAGUGGCCAAGGAACCCGAUCCUAUAAUGAACAUCAUGGAGUUGACAUCGGAAAUAAAAACCGAGCCAUCUGAGCCUGAGAUGGACCCUACCCAGGCAGAAGGAAGCUCAUUCCCUUCUCACUCACCUUUUCAAAUGGGACACCAGGAACAUUCUGAGGAGCAAAUAAAAAACGGUGUGAAAGAGCCCAUCAAGGAAGAAGAAUCAGACCAUCAAUUGAAAACAGAGGAACUUCAUUUAGAAGAUUCCCAGAGCGAGAAUUUCACAAAUGAUGAGGAGAAAAACAUUGAACAGAAACCAGUGCUAAUUGACGCAGUGAAAUCUGAGCCCCAGUCUAACAGCAUCAACAAGGAGUCCCAAGGAGACGAAGAGGAUGACGAUGAUGAUGUCACAAGUGAGGUUGGGAGCCCUGAGGAACCGAAGGAAGAGGAAGCAGGGGAGGAGUAUUUGUCUGAGAUGGAUAAUGAGCCCCCUAUUAGUGAAAGUGAUGAUGGUUUCAGUAUCCAUAAUGCUCAGCUUCAGUCUCACACACAUGCUGAUUCUAUACCAAGCAGCCCGGCAUCUUCUCAAUUCUCUGUCUGCAGUGAAGACCAGGAGGCUAUCCAAGCUCAGAAAAUCUGGAAAAAAGCCAUCAUGUUGGUAUGGAGAGCUGCAGCCAAUCACAGAUACGCCAAUGUUUUCCUCCAACCUGUGACGGAUGAUAUUGCUCCUGGCUACCACAGCAUCGUUCAGAGACCCAUGGAUCUGUCUACUAUAAAGAAAAACAUUGAGACUGGUUUGAUACGAACCACAGCAGAAUUCCAGAGGGACAUCAUGCUCAUGUUUCAGAAUGCUGUCAUGUACAACAGCUCUGAUCAUGAUGUAUAUCACAUGGCUGUGGAGAUGCAGAGAGAUGUGCUGGAACAGAUCCAGCAAUUCCUGGCUACCCAGUUAAUCAUGCAGACGUCUGAGUCAGGGAUAAGUGCCAAGAGCUUAAGGGGUCGCGACUCCACACGCAAGCAGGAUGCCUCUGAGAAGGACAGUGUCCCCAUGGGCUCUCCUGCCUUCCUUCUCUCUCUCUUUGAUGGCGGUACUCGAGGCCGGCGUUGUGCGAUUGAAGCCGACAUGAAAAUGAAAAAGUGAGCCGCGUUUGGCUCGAAGUUGGGCACCACGUUGGGCUACGUUUAACGAAUGAAGAA